AUGGGUGUUGAUGGAGAGAACCAUAUCCGCGUUGGCAAGCUGAACUUGGUGGAUCUGGCAGGUAGCGAACGACAAGCCAAAACAGGAGCGACAGGAGAGCGUUUAAAAGAAGCAACCAAAAUCAAUCUUUCUCUGUCAGCCCUUGGCAAUGUAAUCUCAGCCCUGGUUGACGGCAAAAGUUCGCAUAUUCCCUACCGUGAUUCAAAAUUAACACGUUUAUUGCAGGAUUCCUUGGGCGGCAAUGCUCGAACUGUGAUGGUUGCUAACAUCGGUCCUGCUAGCUACAACUACGAUGAGUCCAUUACUACUUUAAGAUAUGCCAACAGAGCCAAAAAUAUUAAGAAUAAGCCGAAAAUUAAUGAAGAUCCAAAAGAUGCCUUGCUUCGAGAAUUCCAAGAAGAAAUUGCCAGACUCAAAGCUCAUUUGGCUGCUCGAGGUACUCAUGGUAAAAAGAAAUCCAGGAAACAUUUGGACAGUGGAGAGAUGAUAUCAGAUGACGAAGAUGAAGAAAAUGAAGAACCUGAAGAAAACAAUGUCGAUGCUGAAGCAUAUAUGCUGGAACAACAACAGAGACUCGAAGAGGAGAAGAAGGCCAUUCUGGGUGACCAGUCUCUUAUUGCUGAGGAGAAAGAAAAGCUGCUGUCAGAAUUGAAGGACAAUGAAUCUCGAUUGUUGAAGGAAAAAGAAGCCAGAGAUUUGCUGGCCUCAAAAAUCAAGGUAAGAAUUGUCUCUGCUACAAUCUGUCAUUGCACAUCAACUAGGUAUUUAUGCAGAUGA